GCUUCCGGUUUCGUCGCGCUGCGCUGGCACCCAGCCUGUGCGCAGCGGCGACACCUUUGUGGGCGGCGGGGCGUUCGUAGACCCUUCUAGAACCCUCUAGGCCUCGCCGCCCCUGAGCGGGGCAGCGGGCGCCGGCGACCCCGGAGUUGACGCGCGUGCUGCUGGGUAACGGGCCUGUUCCGGCGGCCCCGGGCCGCCCCUGCUCGGUUCCUCUGUGACCUCCAGGGCCCCUGACUGCGGGAGCCGCGGCGGAAGACAUGGGACUCCCUCGGUGCACCUGUGACGGCCACCUUGACGGGGGAAGCGGUGGCGUCUUCGAGGAAACCGGAAGCCCGUGGUGACCCCUGGCGACCCGGUUUGUUUUCAGCCGGCUUCCAAACACUGGGGAAGCGAAACCCGGUGGCCUUGGGGACCGCCCUACGUAGCCAGGGUUCAGGCUGCCAUGGACACGCUAGUAGAAGAUGACAUCUGCAUUCUGAAUCAUGAAAAGGCCCACAGGAGAGAGGCAGUGACUCCACUCUCAGCGUACCCUGGAGAUGAGUCUGUUGCUUCCCAUUUCGCACUGGUCACUGCUUAUGAAGACAUCAAAAAGAGGCUGAAGGAUUCAGAGAAAGAAAACUCCUUCUUAAAGAAAAGAAUCAGGGCUUUGGAAGAAAGGCUUGUUGGAGCUCGAGCAGAUGAAGAAACAAGUUCUGUGGGCCGAGAACAAGUGAAUAAGGCCUAUCAUGCAUAUCGUGAGGUUUGCAUUGAUAGAGACAAUCUGAAGAACCAAUUGGAAAAGAUAAAUAAAGACAACUCUGAAUCUUUGAAAAUGUUGAAUGAGCAGCUACAGUCUAAAGAAGUAGAACUUCUGCAGCUAAGAACAGAGGUGGAGACUCAGCAGGUGAUGAGGAAUUUAAACCCACCCUCAUCCAGCUGGGAGGUGGAGAAGCUAAGCUGUGACUUGAAGAUCCAUGGUUUGGAGCAAGAGCUGGGACUACUGAGGAAGGAGUGCAGUGACCUCAGGACAGAGCUGCAGAAGGCCAGACAGACGGGUCCACCUCAGGAAGACAUUCUGCAGGGCAGAGAUGUCAUCAGGCCGAGCUUGUCGAGAGAAGAGCAUGUUCCACACCAGGGUCUUCACCACAGUGAUAAUAUGCAACAUGCAUACUGGGAACUGAAGAGGGAGAUGUCUAACUUACACCUGGUGACUCAAGUGCAAGCAGAACUACUAAGAAAACUGAAAACCUCAGCUGCAGUCAAGAAAGCCUGUACCCCAGUAGGAUGUGUUGAAGACCUUGGGAGAGACAGCACGAAAUUGCACUUGACAAAUUUUACUGCAACUUACAAAAGACAUCCCUCUUUGUCACCAAAUGGCAAAGCUCCUUGUUAUGCUCCGUCUUCCCCUUUACCAGGAGAUAGAAAGGUUUUCUCAGACAAAGCAGUUCUUCAGUCAUGGACAGAUAACGAGAGAUUGGUUCCUAAUGACGGUGCAGACUUUCCAGAGCACAGCUCCUAUGGGAGAAAUUCUCUGGAAGAUAAUUCCUGGGUAUUCCCAAGCCCUCCUAAAUCAAGUGAGACAGCAUUUGGUGAAAAUAAAAGCAAAAUCUUACCUUUAUCCAACCUGCCGCCACUGCAUUACCUGGAUCAACAGAAUCAGAACUGCCUUUACAAAAGUUAAUUUCACUUGUGAUUUGAUCAGGAAGACACGGACUCAGGGGUUCUCCCAAGAGAUUGUUCAAACUGAAAGUGGACUUUGAUUGAUGGCUUGUGCAGUUCUCCAGUAUGUACAUUUGUACAUUCUGUAUAACAUUAUAUAUGUAAUUGAUUUUCCAGUAUGGGAACCUCCAGUUGUACCUUUGAUAACAAUUAUACAUUUUUGCUUCUUGGAUAGAGUGGAAAUGAAAAUUUUAGGCAUGGUUUUAUAAAGUAUGUGACCUGCCUAAAUAUCCAAUCAUUAAAUAAAAAGCAGCCUUUAGUAUAAAAGAAAAAACAUGUCUGCUGGUUUAGAUUGUAUCAAGAAGCAAGUAAGAGUAGGUUGAGCUUCUGUAAAUUCCUGAUACAUAAAGAUUUGAAAUAUAAUGGAAUAAAAGUAGGUUAUGACAUCUCUAUGCUAUUGUUUCAAGUUUUAAGAUUUAAAAUCAUUUUUAAGUAAAAUGUUUGUAUAUACAAAUUUAAAGUGCAAUUUGAAUUCUAAGACUUGAAUUAAUGACUAUUGAAGCCAACUUUUUCCCAGUAUAUUUAAAUCCUAAAUAGUUAAAAAUGAUGUGGUAUGUGAAUAAACUAUUAUAACCUUAUACAAUGUCCAGUUAAAAGAAGAAAGAGCAUCUCACAGGGCAGUCUCUUCAGUGAUGUGUAGUGAACCUCCCGUGUGGUCAUUUUCAGCAGGACAGCUAUUUGUUUUACACAGAGCAGCUUACACACUGUUAGAUAUGACAUUUGAGAAAGUAAAUGCUAAUUAGCUGCAUCUAGAACUAAAUCUUGUGCUGUACAAUUGUGAAAUAUCCCAACUCAUUCUAAGUGCCCAAUCACUUGUAAAUAAGUAAAGAAAUAACAAAGAUGGCUUCAUGUGGAAAUUCAUCUAAAUUUUUUCAAGGUGGAAGCAUUAAGAGUAUUAGUAAUCAUGUAUUACCUGUUUGAUGUAAGAAGACUUUAUCCUUUUCUAAGUGCCAUUUCAUGUAUCUUGAAUUCAGAGGAUCUCUGACCUUGUAUCACUGAAUAGAAUGCAUAGCCAGGCACUGUUCACUGUUGAGUUAUCUCAGUCACUUACUCAUGCCUGUCCGUGAUUAAUGGAAUUGAUGUCAGAUACUGGAAUGUGUUCUGACCAAUGAACACAGCUGACUCGAGGGAGUACAGGCUCCUGCCAAGUAAUACAACAAGACCCAAUAUGCAUAAAACAAAUACACAAGCCCAGGCUCUAGCUGAAGGCACUAACUGACUGUGUAAUAAGAAAGCAAACGCAGUUCUCGUGUGACUGCGGAGGCUGUCCAUCAUCUUAGGACUGAUGUAGCUUAAUGGUUUGCUUUUUUUCAAACCAAGAUGAGAAGUUUUCUUUUGUAAAGAGAGUCUUAUAAUGUUUUUGAACAAUGCCAAGAAAUUGUUUUAAUUAAAAUUAUUUUUGUUUUUAAAAUGGAAUUGGAUGUGAAAUACUGUCCUUGCCUAUGUAUAUUUCCAAAGUCUGGUAUUAAUUUUAUUUCUCCAACAUACUCUGAAUGGAGGGAAUCCCCUCUAACUAGUAGUAACCGUUAUCAAAAAGGAUUGCUAGAACAGUCUGAUGGGUGUUAACAGUCAAAGUGUUAAAAGCUUGUGUAAGACUCCUUAGCUAGAAAAGAGAAACCCUAAAAUAUUCUUACCUGGUCAGAAAAUGUUUAAAUAUAUACUUAGUCAAUGGUAACAGCUGUAUUUUGUGAUUCAUUAAAAUUGACAGUCCCGUUGGUCCUUUUCAUACUAGCUGACAACCCCAACAAGCUUCCCUAAAUCUAAUUAAGCUCACCUGUAACUCAUUAAUAUUAGGACACAACCGACAGUAGCCACAUGCUCCUUCCUCUUGGUCCUUUAUUGUAUUGAGCCAACGCCAAAAUAGAACUGCCCCAUGAACCUGUAAAAACCGGGGAUCCAAAGACACAUCUGCAGCAGGUACACUAGUCAGGCAAGCGGUGAAUGGGAACACAGUUUAUCUAGUACCUACUGGUUUCGAGACACACAACAGAAAUCUUGUUACUAUGUCACUGGCUUCUUGUAGUAACUGUACCUUUUCUUUGAGUCACUGAAAACAACUGUAGCCCUGUCCAAUAGAAAUGUGCCAGUGCCAACAAGGCCAGCGCAGAGAUAAUGGGCUGCUUGGCCUUUCCCCGUGCUGCAGUAUCUUCCUGAGUUUGCUCUGCUUGGCCUCCAGUCACCUUCUGUUGAUCUGUGCUUUGGGAGAAUGGGUUCUUUGAGUUUCAAACAAAAGUAAAGUAGUUCUUUGGUGAGUACACUGUGAAGCUUGAACAUGCAUUCAUUGACUAGGUUCAUUUCAUUUGAAUGAGAAAUUUUUUUCAUAGGAUUGGAGCCAAAGUUAAAUCUUGCCUUCCUGGUUUUUUUAAAAUAGUUUUUAAUAUAAAAAGCUCAGACUAGGGUAACACACUAAAAGAGAAACUUACCACAGUUCCUCCCAAACCCCCAAUAUCACAAAACAGAAGUUCACACUAACAAUGCCAACUUCUUAAAAUCCAAGAUUAUACAGUAUUUUCAGUAGCCAAGUUCAAAAGAUCAAGAAACAAUGCAGAAACUUUUCUGUCAAAGGUUUCAGUAAAAUAAUUCACCAAAUCUCAUCUGUUUUCACAUAAGCCUCUGAUGGCAGUGCUGGCUAAGUUAUCGCCGUAAGAGACUGCUGGCCACAGUGGCUGGCACACUAAGGGGUAGAGUGAAGAAGGCUCUGGUUCACUGCUGCCGUUAGCAGUGUUGAAGGCGCUCCAUUCCUCCUUUGCUUUAGUCCUUUCUUCCCACACUAGCCAUCAGCCUGCACCAUCAGAAGGAAAUGUACACAUGAAACUCUAUGACAGUUAGCACUGUGAUUGCAGUCAGAGUUACAGUACUUGGGGUAAGACCAGGAGAACAAUAUAUUUUUUUUCCCCUAUUUCAUAUUUAAUAAAUCAGAACUCUGAAAUAAA